AUGAGAGAGAUCUCGCCGGGGAGCUGGCCGGCGGGCCGGCCGCAGGUAUUGAUACCUUUCCUACUGUCUUUGUUCGGCGGGGCGCUCCCGGACCAGACCCGCUAUUCAAUUCCCGAGGAGCUAGCCAAGAACUCGGUGGUGGGGAAUCUCUCCAAGGAUCUGGGGUUCCAUGUCCGCGAUUUGCCGUCCCGGAAGCUGCGGAUUAGCGGGGAGAAGGAGUAUUUUACAGUGAACCCAGAGAGCGGGGACUUACUUGUGAGUGACAGAAUAGACCGAGAGGAGAUUUGUGGGAAGAAGCCUCUGUGUGUUCUGGAUUUUGAUGCCGUGGCUGAAAACCCACUAAAUAUUUUUCAUAUAGCAGUAGUUGUGCAGGAUAUAAAUGAUAAUACUCCACUAUUCAAACAGAGUCAUACUGAUGUCAAAAUUGGAGAAUCCACUCAGCGGGGUACAACAUUUCCUCUGGAUCCCGCUCUGGAUUCUGAUGCUGGUCCUAAUUCACUGCAAAGAUACCACCUUAAUGAUAAUGAGUACUUUGAUCUCUUACAAAAACAGACUCCAGAUGGUCGUAAAUACCCUGAAUUGGUUCUGAAACGUUCUCUGGACAGAGAAGAACAGAAUUUCCAUCAGUUGGUCCUCACAGCUGUGGACGGGGGAGAUCCACCCCAAAGUGGCACCACCCAGGUACGAAUCCAAGUCUUGGACGCCAAUGACAACCCCCCAGUGUUCAGCCAGAAUGAGUAUAGGGUCAGCCUGCGAGAGGACAUGCCCCCAGGCACCUCUGUACUGAGAGUGACAGCCACCGACCUGGAUGAGGGCAUCAAUGCGGAAAUUACCUACUCCUUUCAUAAGGUUGAUGAACACGUGAUGCACCUUUUCAACCUAAAUCAGAGAACAGGAGACAUCACGACAAAAGAUUAUUUGGAUUUUGAAGUUGCUAAUACCUACACUCUGCGUAUAGAAGCGAAAGAUUCCGGCAAUCUAGCGGCCCACUGCAGUAUCCAAGUAGACGUUCUCGAUGAGAAUGACUGCGCACCUGAAGUGAUCGUGACUUCAGUGUUUUCUCCCCUCCCAGAAGACUCGCCUCAAGGAACAGUGGUCGCCUUGAUGAAAACGAGAGACAGAGACUCUGGAGACAAUGGAGACGUUUUCUGCCGUGUCCUUGGAAAUGACGAGUUUAUAUUGAAAUCUUCCUCGAAGAACUAUUACAAAUUAGUGACGGAUGGCGCCCUGGACCGCGAGCAGAUUCCAGAGUACAACAUCACCAUCAUAGCUACCGACAGGGGGAAGCCUCCGCUCACCUCCAGUACGUGUAUCACCUUGCAGGUCGCUGACGUCAACGACAACGCCCCGCUGUUCCCCCAGACUUCCUACGUGGUCCACGUGGCUGAGAAUAACCCACCAGGCGCCUCCAUAGCACAAGUCAGCGCCUCCGAUCCAGACUUGGGGCCCAACGGCCAAGUCUCCUACUCCAUAGUGGCCAGCGACCUGGACCCGCGGGCGCUGUCGUCCUACGUGUCCGUGAGCGCGCACAGCGGGGUCGUGUUCGCGCAGCGCGCCUUCGACCACGAGCAGCUGCCCACGCUGCUCCUGGUCUUCGCUGACAGCCUGCAGGAGGCGCUGCCGGACAUCAGUGACAGUCCCGCGCCUUCUGACUCCCAGGCGGAGCUGCAGUUUUACUUGGUCAUUGCUUUGACUUUGGUCUCCGUGCUCUUCCUUCUCGCAGUGACUCUGGCCAUAGCGCUGCGCCUGUGUCGGCGUUCCUCCAGCCCCGCCUCCUGGGGCUGUUUUCAGCCAGCGUUCAGCUGCAAGUCUGAACCUGGGGUUCUCCCCAACUAUGGCGAGGGCACUCUGCCCCAGUCCUACAAUCUGUGUAUUGCCUCCCAAUCGGCCAAAACAGAAUUUAAUUUUCUCAGCGUCACUCCGGAAUCGGCUCCCACUCAGGAUCUCCUCUGCGAGGAUGCCUCUUGGGGAUCUAAUACAAAUCAUGGCGAUGCUGGGGUACCAUUUACCUCAGAUAGGAUUUCAGAGAAAAUUAAAGACACAGCGGACAGGAACCAAGAAUAA